CUUGCACAACCAACUCCCAAAUCCAGCAUCUUUUCCCAUAAUGGCUGCUGUUGCUAGAACCCUUCGCAUUGGUCUCAUCCCCGGAGACGGUAUCGGACGGGAGGUCAUCCCUGCCGGUCGCCGCGUGCUGGAAUCCCUUCCGUCGUCGCUGAACCUGAACUUCAGCUUCGUCGAUCUCGAUGCUGGAUUCGACACCUUCAAGCGCACCGGUAGCGCUCUGCCGGACAAGACGGUCGAGACGCUGAAGAAGGAGUGUGAUGGAGCCCUGUUCGGAGCCGUCAGCUCCCCAAGCACCAAAGUAGCGGGAUACUCUAGCCCGAUCGUGGCACUCCGCAAAAAGCUGGACCUGUACGCGAACGUGCGGCCGGUGAAGACGACGGCAGGGGGCAGCCACAACGGCAAGCCGAUCGACCUGGUGAUCGUGCGGGAGAACACGGAAGACCUGUACGUAAAGGAGGAGACGACGCGGGAGACGCCGGAGGGGAAGGUGGCGGAGGCGAUCAAGCGGAUCUCAGAGCGGGCGUCGUCGCGCAUCUCGACGAUCGCCGGCGAGAUCGCGCUGCGGCGGCAGAAGAUCCGCAGCGCGGGGCCACCGGGCCUGUCGACGACGGCGCGCACCAGCCCAAUGGUGACCAUCACGCACAAGUCGAACGUGCUGUCGCAGACGGAUGGGCUGUUCCGCGAGACGGCGCGGCGCGCGCUGGCGGCGCCGCGGUUUGGCUCCGUGGAGGUCGAGGAGCAGAUCGUCGAUUCCAUGGUCUACAAGCUGUUCCGCCAGCCUGAGUACUACGACGUCAUCGUCGCCCCGAACUUGUACGGUGACAUUCUGUCUGAUGGUGCUGCUGCCCUCGUCGGCAGUCUGGGCCUCGUCCCCAGCGCUAACGUCGGUGAUGGCUUCGCUAUCGGUGAGCCCUGCCACGGUAGCGCCCCCGAUAUCGAGGGCCGCGGCAUCGCCAACCCCAUCGCCACCCUCCGCAGCGUCGCCCUGAUGCUCGAGUUCCUCGGCGAGGAGGCCGCCGCUGCCAAGAUCUAUGCCGCCGUCGAUGCGAACCUCGAUGAGGGCAAGUACCUCUCCCCCGAUAUGGGCGGCAAGGCGACCACCCAGCAGGUCUUGGAUGACGUCCUCAAGCGUUUGUAAGGGAUGGAUGAAGUGUGUAUGAUUAGCGCGGGGUUGGAUUGUUAGAGUACACAAAAAGAGAAAGGGAAAAGUUCUGCCUUGGAAUGCUAGGUAGAGAAUGGUUGAGACAACGAUGCGUACGCUAUUAGCAAUGUGCCUG